AAAUUUAUUUGCACCCAGAACAAUGGGUUCCAGGUGGUACAUAUCUUAUUGCAGAUGCUGCUUAUCCUCUCCGAACAUACUUAAUGAAAGCAUAUUCUAAUUAUGAUACACCAACUCAUAAAGAACGUUAUUUCAAUAAAACACUUUCUUCAAUGCAAAUGAUUAUUGAGCGAGCAUUUGGUAUAUUGAAAGAACGUUGGAAAAUUUUAUUAAAUGAAAUAGAGGAGAUCUUUUACCUUUAG